AUGACUAAUAGCUCUGCAGUCUUUGAGGAUAUUUGCGGCCACAUUAUAAGAAAUGAAAAUAAAGACGAGUCACUUAAGCAGCUGCGUACUAUUCUAUCGGAAAAGGCCGAAUGUAAAUCUAGAAUAGUUCAAGAAUUUGGCAUUCUAACCGUGUUUCUUAAGGAUAUUUCAUCAAUAUAUGAGUACUUAACUCUGGAAAGAGCAUGUCUUCCAGAAAACAUCUAUACAGUUCUUGAAAUAAUCAUUCUAUUAACAGAUGAGGACAAAUUUAUAUCAUACGCGAUUGACUCAAAUUUACUUUUGUUUCUCUAUCCAAUAAUCAACUCCUCUAUUAGAAAUGAAGAGAUAGAAGAGUUAAAGUACAUUACACUAAGGAUAAUUAAGUGCAUACUACAAAGAAACAAGAUAGAGCACUUAAUUGAGUUCUUCAAAAAUACAGAGCUAGUGCCAUUAUGUCUUCGCAAUAUGGAAUUAGGCCGAAAAAAGACAAAAAUAGAGGCAAGCGAGGUGUUCUAUCUUAUAAUCUCGGUUCAGGAAGGGCUGGAAUAUUCUUGCCAAACAUAUGAUCGAUUUAUGGCAAUUUCAAUGAUUUUAAACUCUGUCUUAGUACAGAUGGAAACCAUUCAGUCUCCAAAACUAUUGGAGCUGACUAUUAAAAUAUAUACUAAAUUGUGCGAUAUGCCAAAUGCAAAGAUUGCAUUUAACAAGAACCGGCCGCAUAUGCUUUAUACAGAGAGCAUACGAGAAAUUGUUAAAUCAAAUCCAGCAGUAAAGGCUGCAUACGAUGAAUUUUUGGCAAUACUUCAAAACUAGCCUUGAAUGAAUUGCUAUAGUAAUACGUCUAAAAUACAUCUGUAAGUAUUCUCUAUACACACUACUUCGUUAUGGCAAUUGAAAAUAUCCUAGAAGUUAUUACAUACAAAAAAAUAAAAUCCUUCU